GAUAGUUGUUUUCUAUGACUGUCAUACAUUGAUGUAGAUAUAAAUCAGCUAUUUUUAAUCUGAUGUGGAAGACCAUUAAAGGCAAAAUGGCAGAGUCCAGUGUUCAUAGUAAUCCAAGGAUGAGAAAAUUCUUCACUGUUGUUAGUGGCAUUACCUUGGAUUCUCAUAAGGACUUUUUGAAACAACUCACCAUGCAACAAGACUUUACUGAAGUGAGGACCCUGGAGGAGAGUGAUGUCAUCAUGACUUUCUGUCCUAUCGUCAGUCGUGCUGGGAUUGAUAUUGAAGCAGCACUGAAGGAGAUACCAACUGGUAAACGUGUUGUUUUGGUGGUGCUGCAUCAUUCCUUCAACCCAGACUGCACAGUACCUAACAGUAGCAGACUGGUGACCAGUCAUGAUAUACUAACAGUGGACUGUCUGUUCCAUGAGAACCAUGGACUACUGGACUGUCCUCGCAAUAAAGAAGCAGUCGCUACGAUUUGGAGGAGUCUAAACAUACAGCCAAAGGUACAGGAUCUGAUGACUGAAGGGAGAAGCAAGAUGACUGGCAAAAUGGCAGAGUCCAGUUUUCAUAGUAAUCCAAGGAUGAGAAAAUUCUUCACUGUUGUUAGUGGCAAUACCUUGGCUUCUCAUGAGGACUUUUUUGAAACAACUCACCAUGCAACAAGACUUUACUGAAGUGAGGACCCUGGAGGAGAGUGAUGUCAUCAUGACUUUCUGUCCUAUCGUCAGUCGUGCUGGGACUGAUAUUGAAGCAGCACUGAAGGAGAUACCAACUGGUAAACGUGUUGUUUUGGUGGUGCUGCAUCAUUCCUUCAACCCAGACUGCACAGUACCUAACAGUAGCAUACUGGUGACCAGACAUGAUAUACUAACAGUGGACUGUCUGUUCCAUGAGAACCAUGGACUACUGGACUGUCCUCGCAAUAAAGAAGCAGUCGCUACGAUUUGGAGGAGUCUAAACAUACAGCCAAAGGUACAGGAUCUGAUGACUGAAGGGAGAAGCAAGAUGACUGGCAAAAUGGCAGAGUCCAGUUUUCAUAGUAAUCCAAGGAUGAGAAAAUUCUUCACUGUUGUUAGUGGCAAUACCUUGGCUUCUCAUGAGGACUUUUUGAAACAACUCACCAUGCAACAAGACUUUACUGAAGUGAGGACCCUGGAGGAGAGUGAUGUCAUCAUGACUUUCUGUCCUAUCCUCAGUCGUGCUGGGACUGAUAUUGAAGCAGCACUGAAGGAGAUACCAACUGGUAAACGUGUUGUUUUGGUGGUGCUGCAUCAUUCCUUCAACCCAGACUGCACAGUAACUAACAGUAGCAUACUGGUGACCAGACAUGAUAUACUAACAGUGGACUGUCUGUUCCAUGAGAACCAUGGACUACUGGACUGUCCUCGCAAUAAAGAAGCAGUCGCUACGAUUUGGAGGAGUCUAAACAUACAGCCAAAGGUACAGGAUCUGAUGACUGAAGGGAGAAGCAAGAUGACUGGCAAAAUGGCAGAGUCCAGUUUUCAUAGUAAUCCAAGGAUGAGAAAAUUCUUCACUGUUGUUAGUGGCAAUACCUUGGCUUCUCAUGAGGACUUUUUGAAACAACUCACCAUGCAACAAGACUUUACUGAAGUGAGGACCCUGGAGGAGAGUGAUGUCAUCAUGACUUUCUGUCCUAUCGUCAGUCGUGCUGGGACUGAUAUUGAAGCAGCACUGAAGGAGAUACCAACUGGUAAACGUGUUGUUUUGGUGGUGCUGCAUCAUUCCUUCAACCCAGACUGCACAGUAACUAACAGUAGCAUACUGGUGACCAGACAUGAUAUACUAACAGUGGACUGUCUGUUCCAUGAGAACCAUGGACUACUGGACUGUCCUCGCAAUAAAGAAGCAGUCGCUACGAUUUGGAGGAGUCUAAACAUACAGCCAAAGGUACAGGAUCUGAUGACUGAAGGGAGAAGCAAGAUGACUGGCAAAAUGGCAGAGUCCAGUGUUCAUGGUAAUCCAAGGAUGAGAAAAUUCUUCACUGUUGUUAGUGGCAAUACCUUGGCUUCUCAUAAGGACUUUUUGAAACAACUCACUAUGCAACGAGACUUUACUGAAGUGAGGACCCUGGAGGAGAGUGAUGUCAUCAUGACUUUCUGUCCUAUCGUCAGUCAUGCUGGGACUGAUAUUGAAGCAGCACUGCAGGAGAUACCAACUGGUAAACGUGUUGUUUUGGUGGUGCUGCAUUAUUCCUUCAACCCAGACUGCACAGUACCUAACAGUAGCAGACUGGUGACCAGACAUGAUAUACUAACAGUGGACUGUCUGUUCCAUGAGAACCAUGGACUACUGGACUGUCCUCGCAAUAAAGAAGCAGUCGCUACGAUUUGGAGGAGUCUAAACAUACAGCCAAAGCAGAGACUACUGGACUUUCCUCAGAAUAAAGAAGCAGUUGCUACGAUUUGGAGGAGUCUAAACAUACAGUCAAAGGUACAGGAUCGGAUGACUGAAUGGAGAAGCAAGAUGACUGGCAAAAUGGCAGAGUCCAGUGUUCAUAGUAAUCCAAGGAUGAGAAAAUUCUUCACUGUUGUUAGUGGCAAUACCUUGGCUUCUCAUAAGGACUUUUUGAAACAACUCACCAUGCAACGAGACUUUACUGAAGUGAGGACCCUGGAGGAGAGUGAUGUCAUCAUGACUUUCUGUCCUAUCGUCAGUCGUGCUGGGACUGAUAUUGAAGCAGCACUGAAGGAGAUACCAACUGGUAAACGUGUUGUUCUGGUGGUGCUGCAUCAUUACUUCAACCCAGACUGCACAGUACCUAACAGUAGCAGACUGGUGACCAGACAUGAUAUACUAACAGUGGACUGUCUGUUCCAUGAGAACCAUGGACUACUGGACUGUCCUCGCAAUAAAGAAGCAGUCGCUACGAUUUGGAGGAGUCUAAACAUACAGCCAAAGGUACAGGAUCUGAUGACUGAAGGGAGAAGCAAGAUGACUGAUUCUGCACCUAAACCGAAGAAUCGGUUGUGACGGGAUGGAAUGUACAGGAUAAAGAGCAGCAAAACAUAUCCUUAGCCUUACACGAGAUAAUCAGUGAAAAGUUUGGAGAAGAAUCCUGAAUGCAGGUGUAAAUUCAACGCUCAUGAAGGUGUCUAUAAGCAUUGAUGUCGGAUGUCAUAAAUUCUCAUGUAUACCCAUUUAAUAAUGUGUUACCCAUAAAGGAUAUAUUCUACAGUUACAUAUAUCACAUUGUGAAUAUGGUCGUGGCCUUGUAUCAUUUUAAGAUGUAAAUGGUUCAUUCGUUUAUUGUUGUUCAGUAAACUUUUGUUUUUAUCAGAGUUGCACUAAUGUGUCAUAUACUCUUGAUGUCAAUGAGGAACGAACUGAAAUCUAAAAGAUUAUGUUAUCACGUGAGCCUAA